GCUGGAAAGGAAAAGGUCUCCCUCUCCCCACCUCUCCCUCUGCACUUCGCCUUCAUGACACUGCUUCUUCAUCUGCCAAUCUAUUUUUAUUCCACAGAAAAUACACAGUGAGUGAGGCAGCGGAGGGAAAGAAUUAAAGAAGCAGAGGAGCACUAGAAAAGAGCAACGGUGCCCACGCUAGCACCUCUGCCUUUUCAUGGAUUCCUCUUCUUCUUCGUCGUCUUCCUCUCUAUCUUCUGCUUUAUCUCUCCUCAACAUCGCUUCCUGCCCACGGCAUCCUUACUUUGAUUGAUACUCAUACGCAUACGUAGAGAAAAGAGGCCGAUUCCAAUUUCCUUCCGUUCUCAAUCCUCCUCUCCUUAAGCCUGGCGGACAUUAGAACCCUAGCCUUCCUAUCGUCGAUUCUGGCAGAUCGUUUCGUUUUCCGGUCCAUCGAGAAUAAGAGGAGGGGGUUUUGUGGCGCCAAGAUGUUGUGGCUCAUGCGAUUCUCGGGAUUUUUCUCUGCCGCAAUGGCUUUAGUUGUUCUCUCUCCAUCUCUGCAAUCGUUUCCUCCGGCAGAAGCCAUCAGAUCCUCCCACCUCGACGGAUAUCUCCGUUUGCCGGUCCAGAUGCCUCGCACCGAUAGUGAAAACCGAUUUUCGUUCCGGAAAGCCUCUGCAUUCCGCAAUGCCGAUAAAUGUGGUUCGAAUCAAAGGGGGGUUUCAGGGGAAAUGAGUGUUUGCGAUCCUUCUCUGGUACACGUGGCGAUAACACUCGACAUUGAAUACCUGCGCGGUUCAAUCGCUGCAGUGCACUCCAUUCUGCAGCAUUCCUUGUGCCCAGAAAGCAUCUUCUUUCAUUUCCUUGUGUCUGAAACAAAUCUGGAGUCGAUAGUUCAAUCAACGUUCCCCCAGUUGAAGUUCAAGGUGUAUUACUUCGAUCCGAAGAUUGUAAGAAAUCUGAUCUCGACCUCUGUUAGGCAAGCACUUGAACAACCCUUGAACUAUGCCAGGAAUUACUUGGCGGAUCUUCUGGAGGGUUGCGUGAGCAGAGUGAUUUACCUGGAUUCUGAUCUAGUUGUGGUUGAUGAUAUAUCCAAACUGUGGAGCACGAGCUUGGGUUCUAAAACAAUUGGGGCACCAGAAUACUGCCACGCGAAUUUCACCAAGUAUUUCACGGCGGGAUUCUGGUCAGAUAAGCGGUUCUCCGUCACUUUUGCGCGACGGAAACCGUGCUAUUUCAACACGGGAGUGAUGGUCAUAGAUCUAGUCAAGUGGAGGAAAGCCCGGUACACGAAGCGCAUCGAAAGAUGGAUGGAAAUCCAGAAGAGCUAUCGGAUCUACGAGCUGGGUUCACUGCCGCCGUUCCUACUGGUUUUCGCAGGACACGUGGCACCCAUCGAGCACCGCUGGAACCAGCACGGCCUGGGUGGUGAUAACGUCAGGGGCAGCUGUCGAGAUUUGCACCCAGGUCCAGUUAGCCUGUUGCAUUGGUCCGGCAGCGGCAAACCAUGGCUCAGGCUGGACUCCAAACAGCCCUGCCCUCUCGACGCCCUAUGGGCUCCAUACGAUUUGUACGGUCACACUCUCUGAAACAUCAUGACGGCAGCAAGGGGUGUUGCCGGUAAAUUCCCUCGGACUGUUUUGUGAUACAUCCUCUGUUCACUUAAUUCUCAUUUUGGUAUUUUUUUUCCCCUUUAUUUUUUGUGUUAUCUUAGUUCUUCCCACCAUCGUCUAUUCAUUUUUCAUAUUAGACUAUUAUUUUUUCAGGCGAUUUUUCAUUUGUAUUCUAUUAGAUUAUUCCAGCUCUGAAAAUAAAAAAUAAAAAAAGAAAGAAAAAACAAAGGCGGCACAUUCAACUCUGCUCUGGUUCAUAAAUGAAACUUUUUAAGUUGCGGGUGGCAUUUAGGUUGAACCCUCAAAGUAACUUCUGUAGCAACUAUCUAAAUAUCUAGAGUGCAAGCUAUGGUAUAGAAUUAAAAAAAGGCGCGGACGUUGGGAGAACCAAAUGAUGACAUUUGAACCUGUUAAUUGUAAUUGCAGCAGUUUUAAUUAAUGAUUAUGUUCCUGGGUUGGGGCUUUCUUGUUUGAUUCUCAGGAAUUCCCCCCCCAUUAUAGGCUCUAAGUGCUGUCUGGACUCUGGCGUCUGCUGUACCCAUGAAGGGUCCUGUGGUAUUACCUUGAUGUACUGUUGGUUAAGGGUGGCUAUGAUAACAAGUUACGUCAUCGUUUUGUGUGUGAAGAGUUCGUCCUGCGGGAACUUGCGGGGGUUGGCAUAAUAUGUCGACAUAGAAAGGCCAGGGGAAAUGGAAGACAAAUAUGAACGCGUUGCUGUAACUAGGAUCAGCGGAGAGAAAACUACGUUUGGGAAAUGGCAACUUGCCGGCAACUGUAACUAUCCCAUGAGGGGGGCUAGUAAGCUGAGUUUUAUUAUUCGGUGGGGGAACACUGCGGAGUUGGCAGCGACAGGACAUUGGUGGCCCGAUUUCCUCUCGCGCCUCCCUUUAUUUUUGCUUCCCACCGUUGGCAAUUUUAUCCUCGUUUGCUGAUACAAUCUAUGCCGCUUCAUUUUUUGGCCCGUAACAAAAUUGGAUCUUCCGAUAAUGUCAAUUGCAAAACCAAAUAUUUAAGGGCUAUGAAGCUCCGGAACUGAGCGGAAUCAAUUUGUCGGUUGAGGCUUCCUGUUUUCUUACAGGUGUCUCAGUGGGGUUUAUUAAAAUAUCUCGAGGCCUAACAUGUGGCUUUAACACUUGAAGCUUACGUAUAAAAUAGUCGGUAAGGAUGAGUCUCUGAUUGUGUUUUUAUCAAUUAUAUGAUAUAGAGACCAACGCACGCAAUGAACACAGCUCUCUCGAAGUAACGAAUACGUGAGCAAAAUUGUUGUCUUUGAAAUCUUGGGUAGGAGGCAAAUAAUAUAUUAGACUGAAAAAGGAUUAGGACUAGGCAACCGAUACUUUGGCAGGCUUACUCAUCUUUGGUGGGCAAAUAGAGAGGGAUCAAUUUCUUGACGUGGACAGAUUUGGAGCUACUACCAUUGUGUUAAUCAAUAAGCAUAAGGUAAAGUAACUGUUUUAGAGGGGAUGAUUUGAUAUGUUUGGACGAUUUUAGAACGGGGAAGGGCAAGGCGGCCAUGGGAUGAGGCGCAAUAGGAAGCGAAGUUACAAGAGAGGCCAAUGGUCGUAGAUCAACCCUAAUAGCGCGUUCCCUUGAUUAGCUGAUUUGUCACCUCAAUGAUAUGAUUCUCUAAUUGACUAAUGGAUUUCAAUGUGUAAUCAUAUUUUAUUCUAAA